AUGUCGGGAAAAGACGUCGUCGUCACCGGAGCCACCGGUCUUCUCGGAAGACAGGUCGCCAGAGCCUUUGACCUCCAGGGUUGGAGCGUCAAGGGUACCGGCUACUCCCGCGCCGACGGGGUCUCCGUCUUCAAAGUCGAUUUGGGUGACACCGCCGAGGUCGAGAAAUUUCUCGACGAGUCCAAGCCCCAAGUAGUCGUACACUGCGCCGCUCAGAGGUUUCCAGACAAGGUGGAUAGCGACCCGGAUGCCGCUAGAGCUCUCAACGUCGCAGCCACCAAGUCGCUCGCCAAGCUCUGUGCUGCUCGCUCUACCCUGCUCAUCUACAUCUCGACCGACUACGUCUUCUCUGGCAAGCCAGGAGAAGCCCCCUAUGAGGCAGACGCUCCAACUGGGCCGACAAACCUUUAUGGCCAGACCAAGCUGGACGGAGAGCUCGCCGUGCUGGAGGAGUACAAGGCUGCCGGCUGUGAAGGCCUCGGCCUCGUCCUCCGGGUUCCUGUUCUUUACGGAAAGGCUGACACGCCGGCAGAGAGCGCCACCAACAUCCUCAUGGAAACCUUGUGGAAGACCCAGGACGGCCAGUCCAAGGUGAAGAUGGACCAUUGGGCCAUUCGAUAUCCUACGAACACGGAGGAUGUUGGGCGUGUGUGCCACGAUAUCGCCGUCAAAUACCUCGAGGCCGGCGAUCGCAGUUCGAUGCCCAAGGUUCUCCAGUUCUCCAGCGAGGACAAGAUGACCAAGUACGAGAUCUGCCAGAAAUUCGCAGAGAUCAUGAGCCUCUCUAUGGACGGCAUCAUUGCCAACACCGAGGGCAACGACCCGAACGCGAGCGUCCAGCGGCCAUACGACUGCCACCUGAGCACGCGUGCGCUGAAGGAACUGGGCAUCGACGUGUCGACAAGUGACUUCAUCGGCUGGUGGAGACGUGAGGUGCACGCUUUCCGACAUUAA